GAAGCCUCUCUGAGGAAUGCGCUCUAACGUUCGUGCCGUCGCGCUCACGCCUCCUCCUCCAGACAUCACAUCCGGGUCACUCGCCAGUCAGCGUGUGAGCGAGCGUGCUUCUCCACACAGUUGCGUACUGCUGCCGCAGCUCCCAGCGCAACUCCACCGCACGCAACAUGGACACUACGAGCAGCGGCCAGCCGCGCAGGAUCUGAGGGAGCACGCGUCGGGACCGGCCACGCUGGGGCAGGGAUGUGGUGCCAUCCGACAGACGCACGUUGGUAGGCGAGUCAUCUGUCAGCGAUGUCAAAGAGUCUCAAGAAGAAGAACCACUGGACGAACAAAGUCCACGAAGCGGUGCUCUCCAGAAACAAGGAGGGCGAGCUGGGGUUCGAGGUGAAAGGAGGCGCCGAGAAUGGCAAUUUCCCUUACUUUGGGGAGGUGAAGCAGGGCAAGGUGGCCAUCCAGAGCGGCAAACUGUCCCAGGACGAGCUGCUCUUGGAGGUCAACGAUACGCCGGUGGCAGGGCUCACCAUCAGGGAUGUGCUGGCCGUGAUCAAGCACUGCAAAGACCCGUUCCGCCUGAAGUGCGUGAAGCAAGGAGGUGUUGUGGAUAAAGAUCUUCGGCAUUAUCUUAACCUACGGUUCCAGAAGGGUUCGGUGGACCACGAGCUUCAACAAAUCAUUCGUGACAACCUCUACCUCCGGACGGUGCCGUGCACGACGAGGCAGCCCAAAGAGGGGGAAGUCCCAGGUGUGGACUACAACUUUGUGAGCAUUGAGCGGUUUAUGGAAUUGGAAAAAAGCGGGGCCUUAUUAGAAAGUGGAACUUAUGAAGAUAACUUCUAUGGCACGCCGAAGCCUCCAGCGGAGCCCACGCCCAUGCUGUUUAAUGUGACGGACCAACUCUUGCCCGGCGCCCGACCCAGUGCAGAGGGGAAAAGGAAGAGAAACAAGUCCGUCAGCAACAUGGAGAAGGACAGCAUCGAACCACCAGAAGAAGAGGAGGAGGACAGCCCUGUCGUCAAUGGCAACGGCAUCGCCAUCACACCAGAAUCAAGCGAGCAUGAAGACAAGAGCACAGACGCUUCCGGGGACGUGCCCCCAGGGCCGUGCCCACCUGAGACCCCCACCCUCACCGCCACGGACGCUCCUGAAGAGGAAGGAGAAGCGCCCAAGUCUCCACAAGACUCGCAGGAAAACGAUGAAAUGGGCCCCUUGCCAGACAACUGGGAGAUGGCGUACACGGAGAAGGGGGAAGUUUACUUUAUAGAUCAUAAUACCAAAACAACAUCAUGGCUGGACCCUCGACUAGCGAAGAAAGCCAAGCCCCCAGAGGAGUGUGAGGAAGAUGAACUUCCGUACGGCUGGGAGAAAAUUGAUGAUCCAAUUUAUGGCAGUUACUAUGUCGACCACAUUAACAGAAGGACACAGUUUGAGAACCCCGUCCUAGAGGCCAAGAGAAGAAUCCAAAUGCAAGGUCAAGGUCUUUCAGCGCUACCUUUGCCCACCAUAUACAGAGAAAAGCCAGCGUUCACACGGGACGCCACACAGCUCAAAGGGACGUUCCUCACAACCGUUCUGCAGAAGAGCAACAUGGGGUUUGGCUUCACCAUUAUUGGUGGAGAUGAACCGGAUGAGUUCCUGCAGGUGAAGAGCGUCAUACCUGAAGGACCUGCUGCUCAGGAUGGCAAGAUGGACACAGGUGAUGUCAUCGUCUACAUCAAUGACAUUUGUGUACUGGGCACCACUCACGCUGACGUGGUCAAACUCUUCCAAUCCGUUCCCAUCGGUCAAAGCGUCACUCUGGUGCUGUGCCGCGGUUACCCCCUCCCCUACGACCCUGGGGACCCCUCCGCUAGCUCCUCCAUGCCCCCCUUGGGUCUAGUGGAUCAUCCGUUGCUUCUCAACGGGCGGAACAACUACGAAAAUUACAUGGAGUACAUGUCUUUGACUGGACGCUUGGUACCGGAGCACGGCGAUGGGCUCGGCCCGCUUCCCCAUCCCGGAGACACCCACCUGGACGGCUCGCAGCCUCCGUCCCUGAACACGCCCGGACCCCCGCCCGACGACAGCGUCUCCAUGGCUUCGUCUUCAGGAGCGACGGCUGGGGCCCAAGUGGCCCCUGAACUCCUAAGUCUCACUAUAACCAAAGGCGCAGAAGGUUUUGGGUUCACCAUAGCGGACAGUCCCACAGGGCAGCGAGUUAAACAGGUUCUGGAACCUCAGGGCUGUCCGGGGUUAUGUGAAGGAGACCUGAUGGUGGAGAUUAAUCAGAAGGGUCUUCAGGGACUCAACCACACGCAGGUGGUACAGCUGCUCAAGGACUGUCCUGUGGGAACAGAGGCUACGCUUGUCAUUCAGAGAGCAGCGACAGCAGGUCUCUUUACGUCCUGGGAUCCCACAAAACAGUGGGACCCUCAAGGAAGCCCUCAGACCAGCUUGUCAACCACGCUUCACCCCCACGGUGCACCACAUCCAGGCCAGACGCUCCAUCGCUCCUCUGUUCCAGACACAGAGGGCUUCCACCUGGGCAAACCCGACCCCUAUGACCUCUACGAGAAAUCACGUGCCAUUUACGAAAGCAGGCGUGUGGAGUAUCAGGAAGUGGAGGUGCACCUGCUGCGAGAGAAGACCGGUUUUGGCUUCAGGAUUCUGGGUGGAGAUGAGGCGGUGCAAGCAGUGAGUCCGGAGGCCCGUGACAAGAUUGUAAUAGGAGCGAUCAUAGAGAACAGCCCUGCGGAGCGGGACGGCAGGUUACGACCGGGAGACGAGCUGGUCUCCGUCGACAGGAUGCUCGUGGCGGGGAGACCGCACCGUUACGUCAUCGACCUCAUGCACGCGGCUGCACGGAACGGACAGGUCACCAUGACCGUGAGGAGGAGAGUUCUGAUGCAGCAGGGUCAGCCGUGCGAGGAGAACGGUGCGUUGGGCAAUCAAAGCAGUUCCCCCCGGGGUCACGCCGUGUGCCCGGUCAACCUGCCACCCACCACUGAUGUAGUUAUCCAUCGCAAGGAAAGCGAAGGCUUUGGAUUUGUCAUCAUCAGCUCGCUAAAUCGACCAGAGACCACAACCACGAUAACUGUGCCACAUAAGAUUGGUCGCAUCAUUGAGGGCAGUCCGGCCGAUCGCUGUGGGAAACUGAAGGUCGGUGACCGUAUCAUGGCCGUCAACUGUCAGUCUAUUAUCAACAUGCCUCAUGCUGACAUUGUCAAGCUGAUCAAAGACGCUGGACUCUCCGUCACCUUGCACAUCAUCCCCGAAGAAGAUGUAAAUGGUGCUCAUUCCGGCCCCGCGUCAGAGAAGCAGAGCCCUAUGGUGGCCCAGAAGCACAGCCCUCAGACCCAGUCCAGCCCUGCAGCCCAUCAGAGCCCCUCCAUUACUCAACCCAGCCCACCUGCUCCUCAUCCCAGCCCUGCCACUACACAGCCCAGCCCCCUGCUGGUGGAGUCAGGCCCUGGAGCGCCACACAGCAACCCACCAGUGACUCAAAGCAGUGUCCCUAUGAGUCACCCCAGCCUGGAGGCCAUGCAGUCGGGUUCAGUGGUAAAUCAGGCUGGCGCAGCUGCCGCUGUGGAUCCAGGCAUGCCGGGGGCUCAGCCCAGCUCCAUCGGAUCAGUGACAGUACCGCCACAGCUGUAUCUACACGACACACGGUCGGAGGUGAAAGCCAGACAGGAUGUCAAACCCGACAUCUGCCAAGCCGCAUACACAGAUUACAGACAGCCGCCGGUGGACUACAGACACCCUCCUGUAGCCGACUACAGACAGCCACCGACCAUGGAGUACAGACAUCCACCCGCUCUUAUAGACUACAGACAACACUCCAUCACUGACUACAGACCACAGGACUAUGACUAUUUCACUGUGGAACUGGAGAAAAGUGUAAAGGGAUUUGGCUUUAGUAUCCGUGGUGGACGGGAAUACAAAAUGGACCUGUUUGUACUGAGACUGGCCGAAGACGGACCCGCAAUCCGCAACGGAAGAAUGAGAGUGGGAGAUCAGAUUAUCGAAAUCAACGGUGAGAGUACGAGAGACAUGAGUCACACCCGUGCCAUCGAACUCAUCAAAGCCGGUGGUCGACGCGUGCGACUGCUGUUGAAACGGGGCACGGGACAGGUGCCCGAAUAUGGAAUGGUACCUACCAACCUUUCCAUGUGCAUGAAAAGUGACACUCUAGCCUCACCCUAUUUCUUCAUAAUGGGACACACUAAAGACACGACUGUGCCACCUCCUGGAGUUCUCUCUCUCCAGCCGCCCCUGCCUUGUCGGAAGUAGUCUCACCCCACUAGCGUGACACUCGCCCUUCGCCGUCGCCCAUCAUCCAGCCUCGAACCCUGGACAGGCCUCAUGGCAUUGUGUGACAGUCUGGACCAAUCACGCUGCCCCUCGGUGGUCGAUUUUGGUGGGCGUUCGCCCAAAGAACAGAGGGUGGCAGGUCCACCUAGCUGUCUGAACAGCCUAACAAAAAUGGAUCGAGACGGAUCAAGAUUUCGUAGAAGUGGAAAUAUUCACGAACAGAUGUUGUUAUAUCAACUUCGGCGUGUUGUCGCAUCCCACUUGCUUUAUUGAUCCACGUUAUUUCUGGAUGAUCCGAUAACCGGUCCAGAUGAACGGCCAACCGUCAUUUUGGGUCCAGAGAAAAUGCUUUUGAUGGAGAAACAGGCCGAACUCUGAAAGCCUUUUUUCUUCUGUCCAGCGGACCCAAGUUCUCUAUUUGUUAUCAUGUGGAGGUUGUUUAUUUUUUGUAUAAUUUCAAGUCGUUCACACCAUCGCCCCCCAGUGGUGCCGGGGGUCGAAAAUUGCAAAAUAUAUGUGUAGCAUGAAAAGAGAUUUCCGAGGAAACCAAGUAUACAUGACUUGAACACCACAUGAGUAUUAAGUUUUGUUAUCUGUCUGGUGGGAACAACAUUUACAAUAGACGUUGUGAAACGCUGACAAUAAACACACAGGACACGAACAGACCGAUAAUGGAGAUAAAAGGUAAAGUAUGACGCCAACCCAUUCGGGCUGAAUUAUGGGAAAUACACAAGGAAGUAAAUGCAUAUCAAUCGCCAAAAAUAACGCAUGGAUUGAUCCCUUUAGAUGCCAAUAAUGAACCCGUGAAGAUAUGUUAUAUUGGUACGAAUAAGGUCUGUUGUUCCCAGCUGAACAGCCGGCUACAUAUCACAAACUGAACCAGGCAAGGACUGCUAUACUGUCUUUCUCACGAAGCUUAAAUGCGCUUUCAAGGCCUCAGUACUUCGUUCCAGCCUCAUUUUCACUGUACUGUGCCGCCGAUGGAGUCGGGUACCAUUCCCAUUUCUCUGAUGGUUUCGUAGUUCACAGAAGCGAAUUAAGUGAGCUGGGAUCACAAUUUUAAGGACUGUUUGGUAUGAGACCAGGAGUAAUGCAGUCACUGUGUCCUAACCAGAUUUCAGCAACAAGCAGUUUGUUUGUUUCGCUGGGAGCGAAAAUGAUGCGUGACGGUAUGUAAUCACAGGCGAACGGAAGAAACAAAAUGGUUUAUAUGCAGUUAUGUGAAGCAGAGUUUUGGAUUAAUGAGAUGUCACUGUUGCAGUUUUAAAUCCAUUUAUUUUCGUAAUAUACAUUCUUGAUAUUUUGUGACCAAUUUGUUGCUCUGUGUUAUCUCGAUGAAACAAGAAUAAUCAUAAAAUGUAGCAACUCGAAAUGUUGACAGUGGCCAAAAGUGAUGAUUGAAGGCCUUAUAAAUCAAUGCCCUCCUUCUGAAACCUCGUAUCUCCAUAUUUUGUGAUUUUUAUAUUUUGCCAUAAAUCAUUUUUAUUAGUCGCCCUUUAUGUUUGUCACUGGGUUUUGCAAAUAUCUACCCAAUAAAUUAAAAAGUUCUUGUCAACCUUGAAAACACAGUGCAGUGUAUUUUCCAUUUCCUGAAAAACAGUGAAUUUGGACAUCGGAGACUUUGGUAGGAAAGCAACAAUAUAGAGAAUAUUUGCUAUUAAUGCUUCAUGUUUGACUAAAAUAUGAAGUGUUUAACAAAGUAGUUUUUUCUUCAUUUUGUUCUUAAGUAUAAUGAUUUAGCAAAAAAUGCAAACAACCGCUUUGUAAAUAUAUAAUAAUAUUUUAUUCUAAUAUACAAAAAAUCCAUAGAAAAACAAAAAGCUCACAGAAACGAAUGCAUACACUGACUACAAUUUUAUACAUUUUAUAUUCAUUUAUAUUAAUAUUUUCUUUUUAUUCUCCAGGGCCUUGAUUCAAAGCUUUGUGCAUGUGUUCUGUUGUGUAUAAUCGUUAAGUUUUCUCAAACCUGAGCUUGGGUUUACACUCAAAGCACAACUCUUCAACACAGAACAUUUGUAAUUCAUAAUUAAAUAAACUAAUAAAGAGUUAAGACAUAAAUUUUCCAAAUUCGGAUGUCACUUCUGGUUACUACUUUACUGCAAGUAAUUUUUCCUAAUCUAAUUGAUCCACAUUAUAAAAUGAAGUCCCAUCCUACAUUUUAAUUUAUCUUCCUUGAGUCGUCAUAGGUUGCUAAUGUCAAAAGAGACUUGCAAGUUGUGGGAAGUUGUUUACUCGGCUCCUUUUUGUCAUCUCAAAACACUCCGUCAUACCUAUUGUAAAUGAACUACUACAUUUAGUUUGUUCCUUCACUGUCAGUGUAAAAACCCCAUUACAUUUACAUUUGGGAGAUGAUUUAUGGAUUUAGUCUAUACAGUGUAUGGGUCCGUGCAUUCCCUAACAAUGGAACUCAAGAUCUUGGCGUAGCACCUUACCAGUAAAUUAUGUUUUUUCUGAUGCUUUGUUGCUUCAUGUCUGGUUAGGACACAGGUUAAGCUGAGAAUUGAGAGAUUGAGAAAUUAUCUCAAAUUCUGGGUCUCUCUAGCACGAAUAAGUGGGAUCCAGUUGUAUGUGGCAGAGUGCCUUACCGGCAGGACUAAAGAGCAGUAUAUAAUAUGCAUCCUACAUUAAAUACAUCUUAAGAGCUGAACUUUGGGUUUUCACUUUUGUUUUAAGUAGACAUUGCCAGCCUAAUGUUUUGAUAAAGGCAGAAAGGUGAUCAAUAUCACACCUGAAGACAUAAUCAUAACAGAAUAUGAAAGAAGACAUCAAGAUGUUGUCUAUGCUGGGUAUUAAAAGGAAAUGUGAUAUUCAUACCUCCGUCAUUCUGACUUUUCAUGAGAUGGAUGUAUUGCUGUGCUGAAGAAUUUCAAAUUGUUCGGGUUCAACAGAAACAAUAAUGGUGAAAUCUCAUCGUGGGUAUUGAGAAGAGGGUUUUAUGCCAUGCAGUGUUCUUGCCUCUUUGUGUUAAUUUACUAGUGAAGUUAUUUAAUGCUGCUCUCCACCUGUCAUUUUAAUCACAGGCUGAAAACUGUGCCAAUGGAAGCGCUUUGGGGUGUGUGGAAUGUAAUUUCGUUGAGAUUUUCAGGCAGUUUGGUGAACCGCCGAAUAUUCGGAUACAGUAUCUGCACUGAAAAAUGUUGCAUAUCAAUUUAAGCUGAUCACAUUCCUUCUUAACUCUAAAAAAAGUGUUUUCUUGAUUAGUAUUUUGUCUUGUUAUUCAGUACAAAUAUUUAAAUAUCCUUGAGAAAAGAUACAUUUAUGAAUUUCAAAUAGGAUUUAAGAUCGUUUUGUUUACUGAUAAACAGGGGAAAUACUGAUUAGGAAAAUGUUUUAGGCAGUGAUGUGUGCCACAAUAAAAUACUGUUCAUAUCUCCCUGAUGUUUUUUUACCCAGCACAUUAUAUUUGUAGAUCCCUGUAGAUUCCCGUCAUUGGGUGCAGUGAGCUAAACGAAACUGCUGUUUACAUGAAGACACAGACAGAAGCAGUGAAGGAAAAGUGUGGAUGCAUUUAUUGCACAGCUCAUAGCUUUUACUGUUUGAAGCUGUAUCCUGCCUGCUGUGUAAAACAAAAAGAACAAAAACAAAAAACAUUUUAUAUUAUUGGGGAAAAUAUUGAGUCUGUGAAAGAUGGCACAUACACGGGCCCAUUCAGAUCAAUAUUACUGUCUAGUGUUAGAUGUGUAUUUACCUUGUACAGCUGUACGCCUAUAAAUAUGGUUUAAUGUAUUAUUGAUAGUUUCAAAGAAUAAGUGAUCAAAUAUUUUUAUGAAAUGCAACAGUAUGGAUAUAAUAAAUUUUGCUAAAAUCUUGUUUACCUGUAUGAUAUUCUGAUAUACUGUUAAAUAAACU